UAAAACCUCUUUCCCUCUCACAGUCUCACCGAGUGAGAGCUAAAAAGUAGUAGUUGUAUUAGCAAUGGCGAGCGAGCAAGGCUUCAGUGGCUGGACCGACCUGCUCCACUCCUCCACGAAGCUUCUCGAACAAUCCGGUCCUUCCGCUCAGUUCCCGCCUCUUCAGAGAAACUUAGAUCAGUUAGAAGCAUUAUCUAAGAAGCUCAAAGCAAAAACCGUGCGAGCUGAGGCUCCUUCUCAAUCUAUUGCUGCCACAAGGCUUCUUGCACGUGAGGGAAUAAAUGCAGAGCAACUUGCACGGGAUCUGAAGUCUUUUGAAUUGAAGACAACAUUUGAGGAUGUUUUCCCUGCUGAAGCAACAAGUGUCGAAGAGUAUUUGCAGCAGGUUCAUGAGAUGGCAAUGGUCUCAGCCAUUCAGGAAGCUCAGAAGGAUAAUCUCGGAAGCUUUAAUGAUUACAUGAUGAAAGUUUUACAGGAAGAUUGGCAAAAGGGAAAACGCGAUUUUCUUCAGAGUUUAAGCAGAAUUUCAACAUUACCCAGGACUAAUAUGAUUGAAACCCGCUCUGGGGGUUCUCAUCCUGGUCAACCAGUGUCCAUUGCAUCUAGCUCUCAAGUUUCACCUGGUCCAUCUAGCAUGGAUCUCAUACCUCUAGCAAACAAGCCUAUCCUCGAUAAAAAGGCAAUUGUCUAUGCUGAAGUUGUGAAGAAUCUGAACAAUGCAAGGGAGCGUGGCUUACCAUUUAAGUCUGCUACAGCUUUCAAGGGUGCUUAUGAAAGUUUGGGUGUUGAGGGAUCUAGCGGAAAAUCUGUUAACAUGCAGAAGAUAUGGCACCUCAUUCAGAUGCUGAUGGGUGAGGAUUCAACUAUGCAACAUAAUGUUUCAAAGAAGAUGUCACUAAUCAUUGGUGCAAGGCGCCAUCUGGAAUGGGGGCAUGAGAAAUAUAUCAUGGAUACAAUACAAAGUCAUCCUGCACAGGCUGCUCUUGGUGGGGCUGUUGGAAAUUUGCAAAGAGUCCGCGCCUUUCUUCGGAUUCGUUUGAGGGAUUAUGGAGUUCUGGAUUUUGAUGCAGGUGAUGCUCGUAGACAACCUCCUGUUGAUACCACCUGGCAGCAGAUAUAUUUUUGCUUGAGGACUGGAUAUUAUGAUGAAGCAAGAAAUGUGGCUCUGUCAUCCCGUGCUUCACACCAAUUUGCUCCCCUGCUUGCAGAGUGGAUCAAUACUGGAGGGAUGGUGCCAGUUGAGACUGCAGUCGCUGCAUCAGACGAGUGUGAGAAAAUGUUACGAAUGGGUGAUCGGGUUGGACGAGCUGCGUAUGACAAGAAAAAGUUGUUGUUGUAUGCUAUCAUAUCCGGUUCUCGCAGGCAAAUUGACCGCCUGCUUAGAGAUCUACCAAAUCUGUUCAAUACUAUAGAGGAUUUCUUAUGGUUCAAACUGUCUGCAGUACGAGACUACUCAAGUGGAGUCUCAUCUGUUAUUCAGAAUGAGGGAUUGGUACCAUACAGUUUGGAUGAUUUGCAGGUCUACCUGAACAAAUUUGAUCCAUCAUAUUAUACCAAAAAUGGAAAGGACCCUCUGGUAUACCCUUAUGUUUUGCUUUUAAGCAUCCAGUUGCUACCAGCUGUCUUAUAUUGGUCAAAGGAAACAGGAGAUGAAGGAUAUAACAUUGAUGCUGCCCACAUGUCGAUUGUGUUAGCAGACCAUGCUGUCCUUUCUGAAGGUGCUGGUGCUGGACAAAAACUGGGAGUGAUGGAUGCUUAUGCUGAGGCAUCCAGCAUAAUUAGGCAGUAUGGAUCUGUGUAUUUACGCCACGGUGAUCUAUCAAUGGCAUUAGAAUAUUAUGCCCAAGCUGCUUCUGCAGUAGGUGGUGGACAGUUGUCAUGGACAGGAAGAGGUAAUGUGGAUCAGCAAAGGCAGAGAAGCUUGAUGUUGAAGCAACUCCUUACUGAGCUGUUGUUACGGGACGGUGGGGUCUAUCUUUUAUUGGGUUCAAGGGGUACUGGAGAAGAAGGUCAACUAGGAAGGUUUUUGAUUGAUGCGAAAGCAAGACAUCAAUUUCUGCUUGAAGCUGCUCGCCAGUGUCAGGAAGCUGGGCUUUAUGACAAAUCUAUAGAAAUUCAGAAGAGAGUUGGGGCAUUUUCAAUGGCACUGGAUACCAUCAAUAAGUGCCUCUCUGAAGCAAUAUGUGCCCUCUCACAUGGUAGAUUAGAUGGCGAGAGCCGGACUGCUGGCCUCAUUCACUCUGGCAAUGAGAUACUGGAGACAUACAGAUAUUAUCCUGAAGUCAGUCCUCAAGAGAGAGAGCAUGUUUUGGAGCAGCAAACUAUGUUACGACAACUUGAGGCAAUAUUGUCAAUCCACAAGUUAGCAAUAAUGGGCCAUCAUCUAGAUGCUUUAAGGGAAGUUGCCAAACUUCCAUUUCUCCCAUUAGAUCCACGAGCGCCAGAUAUUACUGUUGAUGUGUUCCAGAAUUUAUCUCUUCAUGUACAAGCUUGUGUACCAGACCUUCUGAAGGUUGCUCUCACUUGCUUGGACAAUGUGACAGAUUCUGAUGGAUCACUUCGUGCUUUGAGGGCUAAGAUUGCAAGCUUUCUUGCUAAUAAUUUGAAUAGGAAUUGGCCCCGUGAUUUGUAUGAAAAGGUUGCUCGGAGCUUGUGAAGCUUACAAAGCCUGGCUGAUUGAGAUGUCCCCCCGCAUAGCAACUCUAACAGGAUAUUGGGUUGAGGUAUCAAACAUUUAGCUUUUUCUGUAAAAAAAUCCAUCAAGAUAGGCAAUCUUACUAUACUAACCAAGGCGUUGUGAGAUACUAGUAGAAAAAAGAUAUAUGUGUUGGUUAUGAAUUUCGUAACACUUCCUUUUUGCUAACUAGAACCUGUGUACAAUCUGCUCAUUUCCAUUUUCUUUAUUCGGUCAUACUUGUAGAAGAGAGAACGAGAAAGCUGAAAAUAGUGCAUUGUUAUCAUCAUGUCUUUAAAAGGUCGGAGUGACUUCCUUUUGUUUCA